AAAAACUUUACGAUGACGACGACCUCUUUCACCCAGGUUUUGCCACGUGUCUUGUUCGUCAACCGUCACGCCGCCAUGGGAGUGUUGGGCGAUAGUUUCGUUGCCUCCACCAAGUUCGAGAUAUUGAAAGCCUUCGAGUCUCCGCUUCUUCUUCCUGAGUUCUUGGCCGAUCAAUCUCACCCAGUCUCCGCUAUUAUAGCCCCUGUAGCUGUUCCCGUCACAGCCGAUCUGAUUCGCCUCCUCCCGAAUCUUCGCUUGGUUGUUACUACCAGUACCGGCGUUGACCACGUUGACCUAGUUGAGUGUCGUCGUCGAGGCAUCUCCGUCGCCAACGCUGGCUCUAGCUACUCGGAAGAUGUCGCAGAUACUGCCGUCGGUUUACUCAUUGACGUUUUCCGGCGCAUCUCCGCCGCCAAUCGGUUCGUUAAGCAACGGUUGUGGCCACUCAAAGGGGACUAUCCCCUCGGUUCCAAGUUGGGGAGAAAGCGAAUCGGAGUAGUGGGACUUGGAAGCAUUGGCUCGAUGGUAGCUACAAGGCUCGAGGCCUUUGGUUGCCAAAUUUCAUAUAGUUCAAGAAACAGAAAACCAUCUGUUCCGUAUCAUUAUUACAUGGACGUACAGGAGAUGGCAUCUAACAGUGAUGCACUCGUCAUCUGCUGUGAAUUGAAUGAUAAGACAUUUCAUUUGAUCAAUAGAGAUGUUUUUGCUGCACUGGGGAAGCAAGGAGUGAUCGUUAACGUUGCUCGUGGGGGUAUAGUCGAUGAGGAUGAAAUGGUGAGAUGCUUGAGAGAAGGUGAGAUUGGUGGUGCUGGUUUGGAUGUUUUUGAAGAUGAGCCUAAUGUUCCUAAGGAGCUUUUUGAAUUGGAUAAUGUUGUUUUGUCUCCACACUGUGCUUAUACGUCUCUGGAAGGUCUUGAACAACUUGGGAAAGUUUUGGUCGGGAAUAUUGAAGCUUUCUUCUCUAAUAAACCUCUUUUAACUCCUGUUCUUUGAUGGGUCAAUUUCGUCAAGUUUGAGUCGGCCGAUGUUUGGGGCGAUCGAUUUGUGGAUCUUUGAUUUUUUAAGAUUUUCAAGUUUCAACUACCAUUUUGGUUGGCGCUUUUGUUUUAGUAAUUUUGUAUGGACCUUUUGCUUUUUCUGGACGUAGCGCAUCUGAUUUACGAGAUAGUGUUUCAAGUUUCAAGCUUCAAGCAUUUUUUUUUUUUUUUGCUUCUCAGGAGGUCAUUUUUGUAUGCGACUAGACUUUGUAUUUUUUUCCUUCUUAGGACUGUGUUUUUAGUAUUUUGACGUUGCUUUAUUUUUUGCAAUUGUUGUUUUUUUUUACUUGAUUUCGGCGAUUUUAAUCGUAUUUCUAGUGUUUUUCGACUACCGAUCGUACUUUUGCCGUGUCUCUUUUGCGACAAUUUCUUUAGCCAUUUUGAGUGUUUUGACGACUACCGAUGUUCAGACUUUUUUCUUUCAUGUCUUUCAUCGUUUGGGUGUUUCGACUAGCAUUGGCUUACUUUAAACGCUUUUUGGACUUUGCGAUUUGGAUGUUUGUUUUGUUUGUAGCUUUUGUUCGCGUUGGUCAUUUUUGUCCCUCGUUCCACUACGCUCAUUUGACUUACGUUUUACGCUCACAUACGCGCAUAUGCCUAUUUUAUACAUCUACGCCAUUCACCUCUAUGCCUAACAUUCAUCUAUAUACCAUUCACACUUUAACAACAUUCAUCCAUUCACACAAUCACACCCUAACAUUCAUCUAUACCAUUCACACUUUAACAACAUUUAUCAUCUACCUUUCACACAAUCACACCCUAACAUUCAUCUACCAUUCACACCCUAACAUAUUCAUCUAUAUUCACACCCUAUACAUUAUGCCUAACAUUCAUCUAUACCAUUCACACCCUAACAUUUUCAUCUAUACCAUUCACACCCUAACACAUUUUCAUCUAUUCCUUUUUACACCCUAACAUUCAUCUAUGCCUAACAUAUUCAUCUAUACAUUCCAAACACAUUGCAUCUUAUCAGGAAAGAAAGAGAAAAAGAAAAUACAAAUUUUGCUUUGCUACAUGAACAGUAUAGUCAACUUCCAACCAAGUCUGGCAAAGCUUGAUGGAAAAA